CAUUUUUGUUGACACUGUUCUUUGUCAGACUGACCAAGCAAACCUGCACGAGUACGCUUGCUGCACCUGUCCAGAAAGAUGAAGCCACUGGUUUAUCCCACAUUUUUCUACAUUUUUCUUAUUGGAAUUAGGGACAGUCUGACAGUUGUGCUCAGAACAGGCCAGCACUUUGAUUCGGGGGUCCUGUAUGAGUAUGAGUACAGCACGUCUUUGGCAGUAGCUCCCAUCUCGGUCAGUUUUGAAGAAGUCCCUGCAUUUACUAUGCAGGCAAUCAUACACAUCCAUUCACUAUGGAGGAACAGUCAGAAAGAGCAGCUUUUGCAAUUACAAAUUAGAGAUCUCAAACUUAUUCCUAAUUCAAGUGACUCCUCCAGCAAACCAUUGGUUCUUGGUGACAUGAUGAGUGACGCUGAACAUUUCAAUAAACCAUUUCUUGUGCAUCUCCAUUCAGGAAAGAUUAAAGGAGUUUUCGAUGUUUCUUUGGACAACACAAUCAGCUUAAAUUUCAAAAAAGGAUUAACGUCGCUGCUUCAAAUUCAAGCUCAGUCUGGAGUCGUUAUGGAAGAUGACGUAACAGGACAGUGUCAGGUCUCAUACAGCAUGUCAGGGGAUGACAUCAUCAAAGUCAAACAUCAUGAAAACUGUGCAAAUGGAAUGGCUGAUGGCAUGUCAACUAACCAGCUCUUCAGGGUGAGUUCAGUUGGAAGUUCUGAAACUGUUUUCUCCAUGGAUCGCAGCCAUAUAAAAUCAGUCAUUUCAGAGGAAUUACGCUCAAUGUUUGUAGAUGAACAUCCUACAGUAGGAAUCCACAUUUCUUCAAGGCAGUAUUUGCAUCUCUUAUCAACACACUCUGGUCCUAAUGAGGCACGGGGAGCGCUGCAGGACAUGAUCAGUUCUCUCAAGGCAGGCUAUGUGAAUCAUACUAUUUAUGGAAUACCUGUUGUCAAACGGCCUGCCUCCAACAGAUAUUUAGUUCCUAAAAUCCUACAUUAUUUAAAAACAAAAGGUCAGUCAAUGACAGCUAACACGUUUCUCCAGCUGUCAGAAUCCCUGCGACGUCUGGAAAUAGCUGAAAUUAAAAUGAUUUUUAAAAAGGCUCAUGCAAAAUUUCUUCCUAUUCUGAUAGAUGCGGCUGCAGCAGCCUCAACACCCGCUUCACUGGAGGCUAUUGUCUCUUUUAUCAACACCACAAAACCAAAGACAUCAAAACUGUUGGAGAAAUUCUUUUAUGCCUGUGCAUUCUCCUCUCAGCCAUCCACUCAUUUAAUUAAUAUCAUCACACGCAUCCUUACACACACAUCCGCAGAAUGGGAGACACAUGAAAUGGCUCUCAUUGUUCUUGGAACAGUAAUAAGGAAAAUGUGUUCUGCAAACAUGUGUCACCUUCAGGAAGUUGAACAUGCUAAGAGACUGAUUGUAAAUGGGCUGAGUGCAUCCACUGAAGAAAAAGAAAUAAAGUCAUACCUGUUAGCCCUAAAAAGUGCUUGUCUUCCAGAGACAGUGCCUGUCCUUCUCCAGUACAUCAAUCACUCCAAAUCUUUGUCAAGUAUUGUACUCUCAGCAUUGCAGAGCUUUCCAAUUCAAUAUAUCACAGAAGAGGUUAAGGAACAUGCCAGAGACAUUUUUAACCAAAGAAAGAAGCCUUUUCCUGCUCAUAUACGUCUGGAUGCUGCCCAUCUCUUGCUUAUUUAUGAUCCUCUGGAUGUAGAUGUCAGAGAGAUAAUUCUGAAAAUUGCAGAAGAAAAGCCGGAGGUCUCCAAGUUUCUUACAACCAAAAUUAUGAGCAUUUUGCAGUCAGAUUCACCUGCUGGAAAUGUCAUUCGCAAAGUUUUGAAAGAUCCAAAGCUGAAUAAUUAUUUUCAUUUUGCACGACUUGGUUGUUCUUCAACAUACACAGGACUGAUGACAGAGAAUAAAAACAUGGCUGCAUCAUAUGACUUUGAAUUUCUCUUCUCUGAGGCUGGAGUUCUAAAGCAAAGCAGGAGUCAUUUCUAUGCACAAACCAGAGGCAGAAGUUGGCCCUUACUGGAGGUUUCUUUAGAAACGAGUGGUUUUGAUUCUCUCUUUGGGACUGGAGCAACUAAGGAAGCAGAAGAGGAAGAGCUAAUGGCAGGAAUGUCAGCCAUGUUUGUGGGUGUGCAGAUCCAACCCAUUGUCUUCUUCCAGGGUUAUGGAGACUUGAUGAGCAAAUACUUCUCAACAGGUGAAGGACCAAUGAACAUUAUUUCUGGAAAUAUUCUGCUUCUCGAUCACAGACAGAGUUUAGUUCUCCAGUCUGGACUACAAGCUCAGGGUGUUUUUCAUGGAGGUCUUUCUGUUGAUGUCUCAGCUGAUUUGGCCUUCAGCUUAUUCACCCAGGAGUCAAAAACCUCUGUCAAUAACAAGUUUUCACUAGUUGUCAGUGCCAGCGCAAAAGUGGAUGCUCCACUCAUGAGCACAAAGGCUGAGACUGUGGUGAAGAUGGACCCUUCUGUCAGUCUUGUCACCACUGUUAGCUUCUAUAACACACCUGUCCAAUACUGCCUGCAGCUUAUCAGAGAGCCUGUACUUUACAGAGAGAGACUGUCUACCAGAGUAAACAUCAAAAACAGAAGAAAACAUGUUCAGAAAAGCCAAAAAAAAUGGACUGUUUCAGCAGAAGAAGCAGCACUCCACAGGGACAAUUCAAAGAUGUGUAAAAAUGUACUUAAUCCAAACUCCAAAUAGAAAUAUCAUACAAACUUGUCUUUAUGAUUAUCUGCUUAUAAAGAGCACUGAGUUUCUAAUUCUUUGAGUAUGACAGAUGGACAUACACAAGUGACUAAGGGGACAUUCUAGGUGAAUUCUAGUGUUAUAAUAAAUGACACCCUGUACAAUUUAGACAAGCGAGAAAAACAAAUUCUUGAAUUCUAGAACCAAUAAACUUUACUUUUUGCUAUACAAUGCUGUAACUCUUACAGGUGGGUCAAACUUUAUUAAUUGUUUACUACAGUAAAGCAAAAUUUAUGAGAUUUAUACUUUAAUUAUGUAAAAUAAAAAAAUGAGUGUACUCUUGUUCAUAAAAUAUUACCAUUUACAUUUUUUUUUAAUUUACAGAUAAAAAAAAAUUAACAUUUCAGAAGUCCUGUUAAAAAGAAUUCCUCUACCUCAAUAUCUUGAUUCAGUCAAUAAGCCUGAGAAACCCAGUAAACACCAUAAUAAACACACAAUAUGAAGAAUACUUAUAAUUGGUGUUGGCAGGUUCUUAAAAUAGUGUAACAAGUCAUUCACAGAAAACCCUGCAUACAGUAUAUUUUGAAAAUAUAUACUGUAUAUUCCCUGGCCACUUAAUAGAAACACUUGUACAUGUGCUCAUUUGCAUACAGAUCCAAACAUUCAAUUCUAAUGACACAGUGCAACACAUAAAGCGAUGUAGAUGCAGGUCAAGCGCUUCAGAUAAUGUUCACAUCAGAAUCAGGAAAAAUGCGAUCAUAGAGGUUUUGACUAUAUCAUGGACAUUAGUGCAAGACAGGCUGCAUAGAGUAUUUCAGAAACUGCUGUUCUCCUGGGAUUUUCACACACAAAUGUUUACAUAUAACAGUCUGAAAAAAUGGACAGCUGAAGUUUGGAAAAACCACCUUGUUCUUUUCUAAUUUUCAACUGUCCAGUAUUGGUGAAGCUGUGCCCAUUCUAGCUUCAGAUUUCUCUUUU